AUGGUGAUGCCAGAUAGUUCAUUAAUUCACGCAGGGACUCUGAUAGGAUGUAAAGUGCACUCUGUCAAGGGCAGGGAAUGGAACUGCCAUCAGGAGGCAGUGUGCCAGCCUUUGAGCUGCAGAAAAGACCCCUCCAGUGGAGGGUGGAGCAGGAGGGGCGCGAGGGAGGGCUCCUGCGACAGCAUCAGGACCCACCACUUGGAGGGGUUUACUUUCCAGCGGCUUGCCAUUGUGGAAAGAUCCAGCCAGGGUCCACUUUGCUGGGCAUUUGUGCACAGACUUGGGCCACAGCUGUAG